AGUCUGAUUUCAUGGAGUCUGCCCGCAUCACCUCGGGAUUUAAUUUAUGCUUCGAAAAUCAGACGAUCGACGGGCUGCAGCUUGCACAUUAUAUGCAAAGCAUAAAUACCACGGUAUAAGUGGGGUACUUUUAUACAUCGAAGCAAAGUACUAGGUACAUAGUUACAAUCAAUUAACUACUAUGUAAACCAGAAUUCUAAAACCUGCCCCGCGCCGCUGUCAAGUGCGACCGCGGGGCACCUCAAUCGAACUGCCCCUCCAAACUUUCACAAGCUUCCAUUUUAAACUAAACAACUACAACAACACCAUCAUUAAAAACAACCUCCAAGUCAAUUAGGGAUAAAUCAGACAAGAUGUUUAAGAAAGACAUAUCCCCCGCCCCCAAAUCCAAGCUAAAGUCGUCAGUUCAACGGUCGUUACGGCAGUCCCUAUUGACAACAUACCCUCUCUUAAAUCCCUAUAUCGAUGAGAUCCUACCCAAGAAGGGCUCACUGGAGGCCAUGAAACUUCCUGACCGUUGCACCCUAUAUGUUCUCGACUCCCAACCCCUCUUUUUCCAGUACGACACCGCCACCCUACUACCGCAUCUGCGCCUCGUCCACCGUUUCCCCGCCGCCUUCCCCAGUAUACGCAUAGACCGUGGUGCGAUCCGUUUCGUCCUUUCUGGUGCCACACUCAUGGCCCCCGGCCUGACGAGCGCAGGUGGUAGGCUACCAAGUGGAGUGUACGAGGGCGGAGAAGGGAAGGAAGGCCUUGACGAGGAUGAGAGGUGGACGAGGGAGCUAGAGAAGGGCGAACCGGUUGUGGUGAGAGCUGAGGGGAAGAUCGAGGCGUGCGCUGUCGGCUUCUUAGUCGUGGGGACCAAGGAAGUUAAGGAGAAGGGCAAAGGACCCGUGAUCGAAGAUGCGCAUUGCCUGGGUGAUGGUUUAUGGAGGCUUACCGCGGUCUAGAGAGUGAGUUACUGGGCAAUCUAAUUCCCUAUUCGUCACCAUUCAAUGGUGAUCUACGCGAACAUCUCGGGAAUAAGAAUUCACGUGCUCUGGACAAGCACUAUGGAAAAGGCCGAUGGCAGCGGCCUUCCCACGGCUAAGUAACAUCGACAGGGACCGAGUAUACAUCCAAAGUAUAAAACGAGCAAUAUUAAUUUCAAUGAGAAACUACGAUAGGGUCAUUGGGUGGCAGUUUGAAGCCGAGCGAGUAGGACAGCACUCAAAUUUAUGAAUAUAUCUACACGAAUUAUACGAAUAAAACGAACUUUGACAGGGUAUAAAACGAUUUAACAUUUUUGAAUGAGCAGUAGCAGCGUAUCGACGAGAUAUUCUUUCGGCGAGUGGGAAGUUUGAGAUACUUGGAAUCUCUACUGGAAACCACAAAGAACAUGGCUUUUACAUGACGAAUGGACAAACAGGACUAGAUACCUACUAUGUGGUAGAUUGAAAGGACAGAUGAUACGAUUCACUGAAAAACAAAUACAAAUUUGAACCGGGCAAUGUAUAGCAUUUGGUCAUUGGUAUUUGGUAGUGUUACGGGACGGAAGUAGUCACAUUGGUAAGGUAAAACAUAAGAGACUGGAAACUUGGCACAAAUAGCAGGUAUUUAU